UCAGGACUGAGACUACAGGAGAGAUGACCAUCCCUGCAGUAUCCAAGUCAGAUGAAGGACUCUACAAGUGUACCAACUCUGAAGGAGAAUCACCAGAGAGCUGGAUUACUGUGACAGAUCUCUCUCUUCCAGCCUCUCUGGUUGUCAGUCCUGACAGAUCUCAGUUCUUUGAAUAUGAGUCUGUCUCUCUGAGCUGUGAGGUUCAGGGGAACUCUGCUGGAUGGAGAGUGGUGAGGAACCCAGUCUCUGGGGAGCGUUCAGAUUGUGGAAGAACAUGGGGAAAACAACAAGGGUCUUCAUGCAAAGUGUUACUAAUACCAUCAUACAGUGGAGUGUACUGGUGUGAGUCUGGGUCUGGAGAACACAGCAAUGCUGUCAACAUCACAGUACAUGCUGGUGCUGUGAUCCUGGAGAGCCCUGCCCUUCCUGUGACUGAGGGAGAUUCAGUGACUCUACGCUGCAGAUAUCAGGGAACUCCCUCUAACCUCACAGCUGAUUUCUACAAAGAUGGAUCCCUCAUCAGGACUGAGACUACAGGAGAGAUGACCAUCCCUGCAGUAUCCAAGUCAGAUGAAGGACUCUACAAGUGUACCAACUCUGAAGGAGAAUCACCAGAGAGCUGGAUUACUGUGACAGAUCUCUCUCUUCCAGCCUCUCUGGUUGUCAGUCCUGACAGAUCUCAGUUCUUUGAAUAUGAGUCUGUCUCUCUGAGCUGUGAGGUUCAGGGGAACUCUGCUGGAUGGAGAGUGGUGAGGAACCCAGUCACUGGGGAGCGUUCAGAUUGUGGAAGUAAAUGGGGAAAACAACAAGGGUCUUCAUGCAUCAUGUCACUUAUACCAUCAGACAGUGGAAUGUACUGGUGUGAGUCUGGGUCUGGAGAACACAGCAAUGCUGUCAACAUCACAGUACAUGCUGGUGCUGUGAUCCUGGAGAUCCCUGCCCUUCCUGUGACUGAGGGAGAUUCAGUGACUCUGCGCUGCAGAUAUCAGGGAACUCCCUCUAACCUCACAGCUGAUUUCUACAAAGAUGGAUCCCUCAUCAGGACUGAGACUACAGGAGAGAUGACCAUCCCUGCAGUAUCCAAGUCAGAUGAAGGACUCUACAAGUGUACCAACUCUGAAGGAGAAUCACCAGAGAGCUGGAUGACUGUGACAGCAUCUCCAGUGUUUUAA